AACAUCCUCAUGUUCUCCAAUGGUUCUCACUACACUGAUGUUGUUGUGUCCAAGACAAUGACCACCAUCUCACCAUUGUUUCAGUUCCACAGCACAGCUGUGAUGAAUUUUACUACCACAGACAGCAUUUUUUGUGCAUACCCUGGCUUGGCCCUACACAAGUGUGCACUGAUUAAUGCAUAUCCCAUUUAUUGUGGGUCUCUUGGAUUCAAGAUGAUGGCUGCCCUCCAAAAAUAUAACUCAUGUGGUUUCAACUUCACCCCAUGCGAAGAUAUCCAUCAGUUACCUCACAUUUGCCAGUCAAUGCCUCAGUCCCUGACUGAUGGCAGCUGUUUCUGGGUUCAAGUUACUGACCUGACUCAUGACCUUGUAAGCACUGCUGACACCUUCAAUUGCUUGGGUGUUAUCAACAUUGUAUGGUUGCUGGGCAGGUACAUGUGUGGUGCUUAUCCUGCAUUCACAGACAGCUACACAUUGGUGUUUGACAAUGACAUGUAA